AGUAUAAAUACCAAUAGAGAGGAAGAGGGGGUGAAAAGUAGGGAGAGAUCGAGCUCUCAGUCCUACUUUCCAUUCUCUCCCUUCCUUCGAGCAGUGUGCUACGUUGGCUAUGGCGGGGAAUGAUUGGAUCAACAGCUACUUAGAGGCGAUACUGGACGCCGGUCCCGGCAUCGACGCCGCCAAGGCCUCCUCCUUGCUGCUGCGGGAGAGGGGGAGCUUUAGCCCCACCCGAUACUUCGUGGAGGAGGUUAUCACCGGCUUCGACGAGACAGAUCUAUACAAGACCUGGGUCCGGGCCGCGGCUAUGAGGAGCCCGCAGGAGAGGAACACGAGGCUGGAGAACAUGUGCUGGAGGAUUUGGAAUUUGGCUCGCAAGAAGAAGGAGAUCGAGGGAGAGGAAGCUCUUGGUAUAUCCAAACGCCGCCUUGAACGUGAAAGAGCUCGCCGUGAUGCAACUGCUGAUAUGUCUGAAGACCUUUCUGAAGGAGAAAAAGGAGAUGCCAGUAAUGAUCUGUCUGCUCAUGGUGAUAGUAACAGAAGCAGAAUGCCGAGGAUUAGCUCUGCUGAAGCCAUUGAGGCCUGGGCAAGCCAGUACAAAGACAGAAAGUUAUAUAUAGUGUUGAUAAGCAUUCAUGGUCUCAUACGGGGUGAAAAUAUGGAGCUUGGUCGCGAUUCUGAUACUGGUGGUCAGGUGAAGUAUGUUGUUGAACUUGCAAGAGCAUUGGGUUCAAUGCCUGGAGUUUACAGAGUUGAUUUACUUACAAGGCAAAUAUCGGCGCCAGAUGUUGAUUGGAGCUAUGGUGAACCAACAGAAAUGCUGACUCCAAGAACCUCUAAUAUGCAUGAGAUGGGUGAGAGCAGUGGGGCAUAUAUAAUCCGCAUUCCAUUUGGACCAAAAGAUAAAUAUAUUCCUAAAGAACUUUUGUGGCCACAUAUUCAAGAAUUUGUUGAUGGUGCACUUAGCCAUGUUAUGCAGAUGUCAAAAGUCCUAGGGGAGCAAAUUGGUGGGGGAAAGCCAGUAUGGCCUGUUGCUAUUCAUGGGCAUUAUGCAGAUGCAGGCGACUCUGCUGCUUUACUCUCUGGAGCAUUAAAUGUUCCUAUGCUAUUCACAGGCCACUCACUUGGGAGAGAUAAAUUAGAGCAACUACUGAAGCAAGGUCGACAAACAAGGGAAGAAAUAAAUGAAACUUACAAGAUAAUGCGGAGGAUUGAGGCGGAGGAAAUUUCUCUUGAUACUUCUGAAAUUGUUAUCACAAGUACAAGACAAGAGAUAGAAGAACAAUGGCGCUUAUAUGAUGGUUUUGAUGUUAUACUUGAGAGGAAACUGCGAGCUAGAAUCAAGCGAGGUGUAAGCUGUUAUGGCCGUUAUAUGCCUCGUAUGGUUGUUAUCCCUCCAGGUAUGGAAUUUAAACAUAUUGCUUCACAUGAUGGUGAUGCUGAUGGUGAAUCUGAAGGAAAUGAUGAUAAUCCAGGAAACCCUGAUCCACCUAUUUGGACUGAGAUAAUGCGGUUCUUUACAAAUCCUCGAAAGCCUAUGAUUCUUGCACUCGCUCGGCCUGACCCCAAAAAGAACAUUACUACUCUUGUGAAAGCAUUUGGUGAAUGUCGCCCACUAAGAGAGCUUGCAAAUCUUACUCUUAUAAUGGGUAACCGUGAGGAUAUAGAUGAAAUGUCAAAUACAAAUUCGUCAGUUUUGACUACUGUUUUAAAGUUAAUUGACAAGUAUGAUCUGUAUGGACAAGUGGCAUAUCCAAAACAUCACAGGCAGUCAGAUGUUCCUGAAAUUUAUUGCCUGGCAGCAAAAACAAAGGGUGUUUUUAUCAAUCCAGCUUUUAUCGAACCAUUUGGCCUUACCCUGAUAGAGGCAGCAGCCAAUGGUCUACCUAUAGUAGCUACAAAAAAUGGUGGCCCUGUUGAUAUACACAAGGUUCUUGACAAUGGUAUUCUUGUUGAUCCCCAUGAUCAGCAAGCAAUAGCUGAUGCACUUUACAAGCUUGUUUCAGACAAGCAAUUAUGGGCACGGUGUCGGCAGAAUGGCCUAAAGAAUAUUCACCAAUUUUCCUGGCCAGAACAUUGCAAAACGUACUUAUCAAAAAUUUUCUCGUGCCGACCAAGGCAUCCUCAUUGGCGGCGGAGAGAUGAUGGCUUUGAAGAUUCUGAACCUGAUUCACCUAAUGAUUCCUUGAGAGAUAUCAAAGAUCUAUCAUUAAACUUAAAACUUUCACUAGAUGGCGAAAAGCGUGAAGAAAGUGGUACUGUUGGCAAUACCACAGGUUCUGAAGAUGCUGAUGCUGCUAAUGAGAGGAAGAAUUUGGAGAACGCAGUUGCAAACUUAUCGAAAGGUGUUUUAGGACCUGCACAUAAGGUUGGAUCUUGUGAAAGAACUGAGCAUAACUCUCAUAAGCUUCCGUUGUUGAGGAGGAAAUAUGUUAUUGUGAUUGCAGUAGACUCUGUUAUCGAUGCAGAUCUUAUUUCUAUAAUAGAAAGUACUUUUGUGGCUUUAAGGGACAGUAUGUCAGGUUUAAUAGGUUUUAUUCUGGCAACGCAUUUAACAAUAUCAGAGAUACACAAUCUCCUUACAACCAGAGGCAUUGUUCCUACUGAUUUUGAUGCUUUUAUCUGCAAUAGUGGAAGUGAUAUCUACUAUCCAUCUUCAAAUUCAGAGGAUCUUAUUUAUCCUUCUGAGCUACCUUUUGCUCUUGACAUAGACUAUCAUUCACAAAUUGAGUAUCGUUGGGGUGGAGAAGGGUUGAAAAAGACUUUAGUUCGAUGGGCUGCUUCAGUUAAUUCCCAGAAUGGAGAAAAAGAAAAAAUUGUCACUGAAGAUGUCGAACGUUCCUCAACCUAUUGCCAUGCAUUUAAAGUGAAGAACCCAUCUCUGGUUCCUCCUGUUAAAGAGCUCCGGACACAGAUGAGAAACCAGGCCCUUCGUUGUCAUAUUCUUUAUAGCCACGAUGGUAGCAAGCUGAACGUCAUUCCUGUACUAGCUUCACGAUCGCAAGCACUAAGGUAUUUAUUUGUUAGAUGGGGUGUACAGCUCUCGAAUAUGGCUGUGUUUGUUGGUGAAAGUGGUGAUACAGAUUAUGAAGGAUUACUCGGUGGAGUGCAUAAAUCUGUAAUACUGAAAGGUUCUUUCAACACUAUUCCAAGUGAGGUCCACUCCGCAAGAAGCUAUCCACUGACUGAUGUUGUGGCCUUUGACAGCCCUCAUAAUAAUAUUCUUCGCAUUGACGGUUAUGUGGCAAGUGACAUCAAAUUUGCUCUAGAAAAACUGGGUAUACAGAAGAAGUAAUACUCCUCUCCUGAGUCUGCAAACUGCGAGAGAUCUGAGUUAAUCAAUAAGGGACACAGAAUGUCGCAGAUUUCUGGCAAUAUGUUCCUCUUCGGAGAUUCUUUCGAAAUAAAUAUCACCAGAGCUCAAAGUUUUUAUCGCACAUAAAGGACAGUGAUCUUGUAAAUAUAAAACAAAGAGCAGUCUGUCUUAAGCAUCUGAACUGGCGUUUUUUUGGACUAUGAAACUUUUCCAGACUUCAUCCGUGGAAAAGCUGUGUGUGUUGAUUUUUCUGAGUUCAUAAAAGUUGUAGCCUUGACUGGGUUACCAUCAAGCAUAUCACAAUGCUUGAGUUUAGAGGGGAUGAUGGUAGAAAUAUUUUUUUUAUUCGCCAAGGAUUUCCAUGUAAAAUAUGAUCCUGCUUAAACUGGGAGACAGUGAAUCCAUAAGCAAUCAAAUAUUGUUCUUUACAUUA